ACAACACUCACAGUAGGAGUAGGACACACCAUACGUCCCUGUUCCCCCGUCCGGAUUCAUGCACUGAAAUUUCUGCCAAGAUCCCACCACGACUAUUACCGAUUGCAUUAUUGCAUCUGCAUAUUUCGCCGCGCGUCCACCGGAUUUUCGCCGCCAGCCGAGCCUAUCAUGCACCGUUCUGAGAUAUUUAUCAAGGUGGAGAGAUCUUGACGAGCUUCCUCCUCGCCCGGUAAACCCCACACCAGAGGAGAAGCACUGCAACUGCAGCUUACCAGUACACCAUCUCAAUUCACGGAAGCUCACCAUGGCCAUGGCGACGUCUCCUUCCCCUAAGAAGGUGCUGCUGCCGAUCGUCGCCGGCACAGAGCCGAUCGAGGCGUCCAUCCCCAUCGACAUCCUCCGCCGCGCCGGCGCCGACGUUACCGUCGCUUCAGCUGGCGACGCCCUUCUCGUCGAGAUCAUGUACGGCGUCAAAAUAUUGGCCGACGAGCUCCUGGCUGACUGCGCCGCCGCUUCCUACGACCUCAUCGUCCUCCCCGGUGGUGUUCCUGGCGCUGCGAAUCUCGGUGGUUGUGCGACGUUGGAGGGCAUACUGAGGAAGCACGUUGAGAAGGGAGGACUCUACGCCGCCAUAUGCGCUGCACCGCCGCUGGCGUUGGCGUCCUGGGGCCUACUCGACGGACACAAGGCUACGGGUCAUCCCUGGUUCGUGGAGAAGUUCCCUCCUGAGGUGACCGCCGUGGACGCGAACGUGGUGGUGGACGGCAACGCCGUGACGGGCACGGGGCCGGCGACGUCGAUGGAGUUUGCGCUGGCUUUGGUGGAACAGCUCUACGGGAAGGAGAAGGUCGAGCAGAUCACUAAACUAAUGCUUGUGAGAUACGAAGGUGGGUACAGCAUGAAAGAACUCAACUCGGUCCAGUGGCACUGCAGCGGCACACCCAAGGUUCUUCUUCCACUAGCCAACGGCAGCGAGGAGAUGGAGGCAAUAACAAUCGUGGACGCGCUGCGCAGAGCCAACGCGGACGUCAUUGUCGCGUCCGUCGAGGACGGCUUCGAUGUCACCGCGCGAUACGGGACGAGAAUCGUGGCCGACGUGAUGCUGGACGAGGCCGCCGAUCGGGCGCCGUUCGAUCUGAUCAUCGUGCCGGGCGGCCUGCCGGGCGCGAAGACGCUGGGCCGCUGUGAGCAGCUCGUCACUCUGCUGAAGAAGCAUGCGGAAGCGAACAAGCCGUACGGCGCCAUCGGCGCCGCCACCGCCCAUGUGCUCGAGCCCCAUGGCCUGCUCAAGGAUGCUGCAGGGCAGGAAGGCGACGACGUGCGCAUCCAUGGCCGGGCUGCUCGCCGACGAUAGCGAGUGCGAGAACAGGGUGGUGGUUGACGGGAACGUGAUCACGAGCAGGAGCCCCGGCACCGCCAUGGAGUACGCGGUGGCCGUCGUCGAUAAGAUGCUGGGCCGCGACGAGGCGCGGCGACUGGCGGAAGGCCUGCUCUUCUUGGCCUGACCCCCCGUGGCCGUGUGGUGGAGCUUCACAACACAAGCUGUUGCCGCGCUGGCUCGCCUGAUCAUCCCGACAAUAACAGCCGACAACAGUGGUGGUCACUGGUCAUCAUCAAAUUAAGUCCCGUUCAUUCGCACUGUUCACGGUCACUUUUACAUUUAACAUGUCAUCAGGACUGUAGCCUCCACUGAGAGCGACUCCGAAGUCCGAACAUAGAGGAGAACUACGCCACACCCGUACUGUGUUGUGUUUUGCUGCCGGGGCAACGGCGGCCACGAGGUGAUGGUUCCGACGAGGCAAAUGUGUGCCCAUGCAUCAAAUCGCCCCUAAACGUUUGCAUCA